AUGACCCCGCCCCAUUCUCUCGCUUACAAUCACCCCGCCCCAUUCUCCCGCUUUCCAUCACCCCACCCCAUUCUCCCUCCUUCCAUCACCCCGGCCCAUUCUCCCGCUUUCCAUCACCCCGCCCCAUUCUCCCGCUUUCCAUCACCCCGCCCCAUUCUCCCGCUUUCCAUCGCCCUGCCUAUUUCACCGUCCUUCCGUCACCCCGGCCCAUUCUCCGGCUUUCCAUCACCCCGCCCCAUUCUCCCGCUUUCCAUCACCCCGCCCCAUUCUCCCGCUUUCCAUCGCCCCGCCCAUUUCUCCGUCCUUCCAUCACCCUGCCAAAUUCUCCCUCCUUCCAUCAUCCCCCCCAUUCAACCACUUUUCAUCACCCCGCCCCAUACUCCCACUUUCCAUCACCCCGCCCCAUUCUCCCGCUUUCUAUCACCCCGGCCCAUUUUCCCGCUUUCCAUCACCCCGCCCAUUCUCCUGCUUUCCUUCACCCCGCCCCAUUCUCCCGCUUUCCAUCACCCAGCCCCAUUCUCCCGCUUUCCAUCACCCCGCCCCAUUCUCCUUUUUCCAUCACCCCGCCCCAUUUUCCCGCUUUCCAUCACCCCGCCCCAUUCUCCCGCUUUCCAUCACUCCACCCAUUCUCCUGCUUUCCUUCACCCCGCCCCAUUCUCCCGCUCUCCAUCACCCCGCCCCAUUCGCCCGCUUUCCAUCACCCCGCCCCAUUCUCCCGCUUUCCAUCACCCCGCCCCAUUCUUCCGCUUUCCAUCACCCCACCCCAUUCUCCCACUUUCCAUCACGCUGCCCCAUUCUCCCGCUUUCCAUCACCCCGCCCCAUUCUCCGGCUUUCCAUCACCCCGCCCCAUUCUCCCUCCUUCCAUCACCUCGCCCCAUUCUCCCGCUUUCCAUCACCCUGCCCCAUUCUCCCACUUUCCAUCACCCCGCCCCAUUCUCCCGCUUUCCAUCACCCCGCUCCAUUCUCCCGCUUUCCAUCACCCCGCACCAUUCUCCCGCUUUCCAUCAACCCGCCCCAUUCUCCCGCUUUCCAUCGCCCCGCCCCAUUCUCCCGCUUUCCAUCACCCCACCCCAAUCUCCCGCUUUCCAUUACCCCGCCCCAUUCUACCACUUUCCAUCACCCCGCACCAUUCUUCCGCUUUCGAUUGCCCCGCGCCAUUCUCCCUCCUUCCAUCAUCCCGCCCAAUUCUCCCUCCUUCCAUCACCCCGCCCCAUUCUCCCGCUUUCUAUCACCCCGCCCCAUUCUCCCGCUUUCCAUCACCUGCCCCAUUCUCCCGCUUUCCAUCACCCUGCCCCAUUCUCCCGCUUUCCAUCACCCCGCCCCAUUCUCUCACUGUCCAUCACCCCACCCCAUUCUCCUGCUUCCCAUCACCCCUCCCCAUUCUCCCGCAUUCCAUCACCCCGCCCCAUUCUCCCACUUUCCAUCACCCCGCCCCAUUCUCCCGCUUUCCAUCACCCCGCCCCAUUCUCUCGCUUUCAAUCACCCCGCCCCAUUCUCCCGCUUUCCAUCACCCCACCCCAUUUUCCCGCUUUCCAUUACCCCGCCUUAUUCUCCCGCUUUCCAUCACCCCGCCCCAAUCCCACGCUUUCAAUUACCCCGCCCCAUUCUACCGCUUUCCAUCACCCCGCCCCAUUCUCUCGCUUUCCAUCACCCCGCCCCAUUCUCCCUCCUUUCAUCACCCUGCCCGAUUCUCCCUCCUUCCAUCAACCCGCCCCAUUCUCCCACUUUCCAUCACCCCGCCCCAUUCUCCCGCUUUCCAUCACCCUGCCCCAUUCUCCCACUUUCCAUCACCCCGCCCCAUUCUCUCACUGUCCAUCACCCCACCCCAUUCUCCUGCUUCCCAUCACCCCUCCCCAUUCUCCCGCAUUCCAUCACCCCGCUCCAUUCUCCCACUUUCUAUCACCCCGCCCCAUUCUCCCGCUUUCCAUCACCCCGCCCCAUUCUCUCGCUUUCAAUCACCCCGCCCCAUUCUCCCGCUUUCCAUCACCCCACCCCAUUCUCCCGCUUUCCAUUACCCCGCCCCAUUCUCCCGCUUUCCAUCACCCCGCCCCAUUCUCCCGCUUUCCAUCUCCCCGCCCCAUUCUCCCGCUUUCCAUCACCCCGCCCCGUUCGCGCUCUUUCCAUCACCCUUCCCCAUUCUCCCUCCUUCCAUCACCCUGCCCCAUUCACCCUCCUUCCACCACCAAGCCCCAUUCUCCCGCUUUCCAUCACCCUGCCCCAUUCUCUUGCUUUCCAUCACCCCGCCCCAUUCCCCAGCUUUUCAUCGCCCCGCCCCAUUCUCCCUCCUUCCAUCACCCUCAUUGCAUCACCCCGCCCAAUUCUCCCUCCUUCCAUCACCCCACCCCAUUCAACCACUUUCCAUCACCCUGCCCCAUACUCCCACUUUCCAACACCCCGCCCCAUUCUCCCGCUUUCCAUCACCCCGCCCCAUUCUCCCGCCAUCCGGUGCCCCGCCCUAUUCUCCCUCCUUCUAUCACCCCGCCCCGUUUUUUUACUUUCCAUCACCCCGCCCAUUCGCAUGCUUUCCUUCAAUCCCGCCCCAUUCUCCCGCUUUCCAUCACCCCGCCCCAUUCUCCCACCUUCCAUCACCCCGCCCCAUUCUCCCGCUUUCCAUCACCCCGCCCCAUUUUCCCGCUUUCCAUCACCCCGCCCCAUUCUCCCGCUUUCCAUCACCCCGCCCCAUUCUAUCGCUUCCCAUCACCCCGCCCCAUUCUCCAGCUUUCCAUCACCCCGCCCCAUUCUCCCGCCAUCCAAUGCCCCGCCCCAUUCUCCCUUCUUCUAUCACCCCGCCCCAUUCUCCCGCUUUCUAUCACCCCGCCCCAUUCUCCCACUUUCCAUCACCCCGCCCAUUCUCCUGCUUUCCAUCACCCUGUCCCAUUCUCCCGCUAUCCAUCACCCCGCCCCAUUCUCCCGCUUUCCAUCACCCUGCCCCAUUCUCCUACCUUCUAUCACCCCACCCCAUUCUCCCUUCUUCCAUCACCCCACCCCAUUCUCCCGAUUUCCAUCACCCCGCCCCAUUCUCCCGCUUUCGAUCACCCCACAUCAUUCUCCCGUUUUCCAUCACCCCGCCCCAUUCUCCCGCUAUCCAUCAUCCCGCCCCAUUCUCCCGCUUUCCAUCACCCUGCCCCAUUCAUCCGCUUUCCAUCACCCCACCCCAUUCUCCCGCUUUCCAUCACCCCGCCCCAUUCUCCCGCUUUCCAUCACCCCGCCCCAUUCUCCCGCUUUCCAUCACCCCGCUCCAUUCUCCCGCUUUCCAUCACCCCGCCCCAUUCUCCCGCUUUCCAUUACCCCGCCCCAUUCUCCCGCUUUCCAUCACCCCGCCCCAUUCUCCCGCUUUUCAUAACCCCGCCCCUUUCGACUGCUUUCAAUCACCCCACCCCAUUCUCCCGCUUUCCAUCACCCCACCCCAUUCUGCCUCCUUCAAUCACCCUGCCCAAUUUUCCCUCCUUCCAUCACCCCGCCCCAUUCUCCCACUAUCCAUCAACCCGCCCCAUUCUCCCGCUUUUGAUCACCCCGCCCCAUUCUCCCGCUUUCCAUCACCUCUCCCCAUUCUCCCGCUUUCCAUCACCCCGCCCCAUUCUCCCGCUUUCCAUCACCCCGCCCCAUUCUCCCUCCUUCCAUCACCCCGCCCCAUUCACCCUCCUUCCAUCACCACGCCCCAUUCUCCCGCCAUCCAGUGCCCCGCCCGAUUCUCCCUCCUUCUAUCACCCCGCCCCAAUCUCCCGCUUUCUAUCAACCCGCCCAUUCUCCCGCUUUUCAUCACCCCGCCCCAUUCUCCCGCUUUCCAUCACCCCGCCCCAUUCUCCCGCUUUCCAUCACCAUACUUUAUUCUUCCAUUUUCGAUCACCCCGCUCCAUUCUCCUGCUAUCAAUAAUCCCACCCCAUUCUCCCGCUUUCCAUCAUCAUGCCCCAUUCAUCCGCUUUCCAUCACCCCACCCUAUUCUCCCGCUUUCCGUCACCCCGCCCCAUUCUCCCGCUUUCUAUCAACCCGCCCCAUUCUCCUGCUUUCCGUCACCCCGCCCCAUUCUCCCGCUUUCCAUCUCCCCGCCCCAUUCUCCCGCUUUCCAUCACCCUGCCCCAUUCUCCCGCUUUCCACCACUCCACCCCAUUCUCCCGCUUUCCAUUACCCCUCCCCAUUCUCCCACUUUCCAUCACCCCGCCUCAUUCUCGUGCUUUCAAUCACCCCGCCCCAUUCUCCCGCUUUCCAUCACCCCGCCCCAUUCUUCCGCCAUCCGGUGCCCCGCCCCAUUCUCCCUCCUUCUAUCACCCCGCCCCAUUUUUUUACUUUCCAUCACCCCGCCCAUUCGCAUGCUUUCCUUCACCCCGCCCCAUUCUCCCGCUUUCCAUCACCCCGCCCCAUUCUCCCACCUUCCAUCACCCCGCCCCAUUCUCCCGCUUUCCAUCACCCCGCCCCAUUUUCCCGCUUUCCAUCACCCCGCCCCAUUCUCCCGCUUUCCAUCACCCUGCCCCAUUCUCUUGCUUCCCAUCACCCCGCCCCAUUCUCCAGCUUUCCAUCACCCCGCCCCAUUCUCCCGAUUUCCGUCACCCCGCCCCUUUCUCCCUCUUUCCAUUACCCCGCCCCAUUCUCCAAAUUUCCGUCACCCCGCCCCAUUCUCCCUCUUUCCAUCACCCCGCCCCAUUCUUCCUCUUUCCAUCUCCCCGCCCUAUUCUCCCUCUUUCCAUCACCCCGCCCCAUUCUCCCUCUUUCCAUCACCCCGCCCCAUUCUCCCUCUUUCCAUCACCCCGCCCCGUUCUCCCGAUUUCCGUCACCUCGCCCCAUUCUCCCUCUUUCCAUCACCCCGCCCCAUUCUCCCGAUUUCCGUCAUCCAGCCCCAUUCUCCCUCUUUCCAUCACCCCGCCCCAUUCUCCCUCUUUCCAUCACCCCGACCCAUUCUCCCGCUUUCCAUCACCCCGCCCCAUUCUCCCUCUUUCCAUCACCCCGCCCCAUUCUCCCGCUUUCCAUCACCCCGCCCCAAUUCUCCCUCUUUCCAUCACCCCGCCCCAUUCUCCCGCUUUCCAUCAGCCCGCCCCAUUCUCCCUCUUUCCAUCACCCCGCCCCAUUCUCCCGCUUUCCAUCACCCCGCCCCAUUCUCCCGCUUUCCAUCACCCCGCCCAAUUCUCCCUCUUUCCAUCACCCCGCCCCAUUCUCCCGCUUUCCAUCUCCCCGCCCCAUUCUCCCGCUUUCCAUCACCCCGCCCCAUUCUCCCGCUUUCCACCACUCCACCCCAUUCUCCCACUUUCCAUCACCCCGCCUCAUUCUCGUGCUUUCAAUCACCCCGCCCCAUUCUCCCGCUUUCCAUCACCCCGCCCCAUUCUCCCGCCAUCCGGUGCCCCGCCCCAUUCUCCCUCCUUCUAUCACCCCGCCCCAUUUUUUUACUUUCCAUCACCCCGCCCAUUCGCAUGCUUUCCUUCACCCAGCCCCAUUCUCCCGCUUUCCAUCACCCCGCCCCAUUCUCCCACCUUCCAUCACCCCGCCCCAUUCUCCCGCUUUCCAUCACCCCGCCCCAUUUUCCCGCUUUCCAUCACCCCGCCCCAUUCUCCCGCUUUCCAUCACCCUGCCCCAUUCUCUCGCUUCCCAUCACCCCGCCCCAUUCUCCAGCUUUCCAUCACCCCGCCCCAUUCUCCUGUCAUCCAAUGCCCCGCCCCAUUCUCCCUUCUUCUAUCACCCCGCCCCAUUCUCCCGCUUUCUAUCACCCCGCCCCAUUCUCCCACUUUCCAUCACCCCGCCCAUUCUCCUGCUUUCCAUAACCCUGUCCCAUUCUCCCGCUUUCCAUCACCCCGCCCCAUUCUCCCGCUUUCCAUCACGCCGCCCCAUUCUCCUGCCUUCUAUCACCCCACCCCAUUCUCCCUUCUUCCAUCAUCCCACCCCAUUCUCCCGAUGUCCAUCACCCCGCCCCAUUCUCCCGCUUUCGAUCACCCCACAUCAUUCUCCCGUUUUCCUUCACCCCGCCCCAUUCUCCCGCUAUCCAUCAUCCCGCCCCAUUCUCCCGCUUUCCAUCACCCUGCCCCAUUCAUCAGCUUUCCAUCACCCCACCCCAUUCUCCCGCUUUCCAUCACCCCGCCCCAUUCUCCCGCUUUCCAUCACCCCGCCCCAUUCUCCCGCUUUCCAUCACCCCGCUCCAUUCUCCCGCUUUCCAUCACCCCGCCCCAUUCUCCCGCUUUCCAUCACCCCAUCCCAUUCUUCCGCUUUCCAUCACCCCGCCCCAUUCUCCCGCUUUCCAUCACCCCGCCCCAUUCUCCCGCUUUUCAUAACCCCGCCCCUUUCGACCGCUUUCAAUCACCCCACCCCAUUCUCCCGCUUUCCAUCACCCCGCCCCAUUCUGCCUCCUUCAAUCACCCUGCCCAAUUUUCCCUCCUUCCAUCACCCCGCCCCUUUCGACCGCUUUCAAUCACCCCGCCCCAUUCUCCCACUUUCCAUCACCCCGCCCCAUUCUGCCUCUUUCCAUCACCUCUCCCCAUUCUCCCGCUUUCCAUCACCCCGCCCCAUUCUCCCGCUUUCCAUCACCCCGCCCCAUUCUCCCACUUUUGAUCACCCCGCCCCAUUCUCCCGCUUUCCAUCACCUCUCCCCAUUCUCCCGCUUUCCAUCACCCCGCCCCAUUCUCCCGCUUUCCAUCACCCCGCCCCAUUCUCCCUCCUUCCAUCACCCCGCCCCAUUCACCCUCCUUCCAUCACCACGACCCAUUCUCCCGCCAUCCAGUGCCCCGCCCCAUUCUCCCGCUUUCCAUCACCAUACUUCAUUCUUCCAUUUUCCAUCACCGCGCUCCAUUCUCCUGCUAUCAAUAAUCCCACCCCAUUCUCUCGCUUUCCAUCAUCCUGCCCCAUUCAUCCGCUUUCCAUCACCCCACCCCAUUCUCCCGCUUUCCAUCACCCCGCCCCAUUCUCCCGCUUUCUAUCAACCGGCCCCAUUCUCCUGCUUUCCAUCACCCCGCCCCAUUCUCCCGCUUUCCAUCUCCCCGCCCCAUUCUCCCGCUUUCCAUCACCCCGCCCCAUUCUCCCGCUUUCCACCACUCCACCCCAUUCUCCCGCUUUCCAUUACCCCUCCCUAUUCUCCCACUUUCCAUCACCCCGCCUCAUUCUCGUGCUUUCAAUCACCCCGCCCCAUUCUCCCGCUUUCCAUCACCCCACCCCAUUCUCCCGCUUUCCAUCACCCCGCCCCAUUCUCCCUCCUUCCAUCACCCUGCCCCAUUCUCCCUCCUUCCAUCACCCCGCCCCAUUCUCCCGCUUUCCAUCACCCCGCCCCAUUCUCCCGCUUUCCAUCACCCCGCCCCAUUCUCCCGCUUUCGAUCACCCCGCCCCAUUUUCCCGCUUUCCAUCACUCCGCCCCAUUCUCCCGUUUUCCAUCACCCCGCCCCAUACUCCCGCUUUCCAUCACCCCACCCCAUUCUCCCGCCAUCCAGUGCCCCGCCCCAUUCUCCCUCCUAUCACCCGGCCACAUUCUCCCGCUUACCAUCACCUCGCCCAUUCUCCUGCUUUCCAUCACCCCGCCCCAUUCUCCCGCUUUCCAUCACCCCGCCCCAUUCUCCCGCUUUCCAUCACCCCCGCCCCAUUCUCCCGCUUUCCAUCACCCCGCCCCAUUCUCCUGCUUUCCAUCACCCCGCCCCAUUCUCCCGCUUUCAACCACCCCGCCCCAUUCUCCCGCUUUCCAUCACCCCGCCCCAUUCUCCCGCUUUCCAUCACCCCGCCCCAUUCUCCCGAUUUCCAUCACCCCGCCCCAUUCUCGCGCUAUCCAUCAUCCCGCCCUGUUAUAGUCACAGGUUCUUAG